AUGUACACACUCAUAUGCGUAGUAUUUUAUGCCCUCGUCAGCGUGCCAGACUGCCGUGGACUCGAUGGUUCUGAAUAUUUCAUCCAACAUCCAAUCAGUCAGUCCGUAACGUUGAAUAGCACAUUCGUACUUGCAUGUCGACUUAAAGAAAGUCUCUUCCAUGAUACGAGUUCCGGAAAACCUGUAGUACAAUGGAUUUUGAACAAGUUUGGUCUCGGAACUACUAGAGAGGACGUUCACGAGGCGGGAAUGGAGCCAGAUUCUUUAAUCUCUCGUUACGACUUGCCUUAUAAUCUUAAUGAAGGCCAGUAUGACCUCCAGGUGCGUUACGCAAAGAGCCGUGAUGAGGGUCAAUAUGUUUGCCAAUUAAGAUACAAUGGAAAAACCUAUUUCAGCCAAACUGUUAAUGUCCGAGUUUUGGUUGCCUCUGAGGGUCCAACAUUAGUGCAGUCAGAUCUGUCGGAUGCCAGCAGUGUUAAACUGGUUGGACCUCAAAUUGCAGCAUCGGUGAUAGAGGGCAGUUACCUUCGUCUCCAUUGCAUUGCAAAGAAUGGGAAACCGGGAGCCAAACUCUCCUGGACCUUGAAUGGAAGCCCUCUUUCCAUUAACUACAACGAGGAUGGCACUAAAGGACACAUUGCAAGUCCAAUCGAGGGGAAUGUGUCCAUUAAGAGUGUUCCUGCUCCAGAACCCCCCUUUCUGGUGACCACAAUCAGUGAAAUUCUAGUUUAUGUGACAAAGCUCCACCACGGCUCAAAGAUCCAAUGCACGGCUCAAAAUGAGGGCUAUGAAAAUUAUCCCCUCCAAUCGGCCUACACCAAACUUAAUGUCCAAUAUGCCCCGGUUGUAAAAAUGCGGCUAUCACCAGCCACGGGCAGGCGUCAUCUUCUUGAAAAUGACGUUGUCACAAUUCGGUGUCUAGCUGAAGGCCGACCAGACAAUUUUUCUUGGACUUGGCAGGUCAAUGACACGAUAGUAGAAAAUGAGAAGACGGACCAGUACCGUAUUCGUCUUUCGAGGGAUCUAAUAAAUGCAACUGUUACGUGCAUCGCAACAACAUUUGCUGAUGGAAGUGAUAGCACGUUCCUUACAUUCCAAUAUGCUCCACAAUUCCCCAACCAAAACCCAGUUAUCUAUGCCGGUGCAUUAGGAGAGCCUCUUCGAAUGCGCUGCCCUGUGGAAGGAAAUCCACGGCCUGAAGUUGAGUGGAGAUUGGCCGCUUAUUCUUCCUCAACUCCCAGCGCCAACACGGCAGCUCUUAUCGCACGUGGAGAGGUGCUUGAACGAGAUAAAAUUCACGAAAAUGACUUCGGUGCCUAUAUCUGUGUUGCUCGUGCGCCGGGGUUUCCUGCCAUUUCGAAGAAAAUUAUUCUCGCAAAAAAGUCCGCUCCGAAGAUAAAAGCUGCCGAGCCAGUCUACGCGGCGAUUGGAGCUCCUGCAAGACUUCCAUGCACAAUUAAUGCUGUUCCUUUACCCUCUCCAGAAGGCCUUCUAUGGUUUCGACGUGAUAUUAUUCUACAACCAACGGCACAUCGAAAGUUCUCCACCCAAGAAUUCCUUGGUGGUGUGGUCCACGUUAUGAUUUUUUCUCAUGUCUUAUCAACGGAUUUCGGAUUUUACAACUGCUCAGCUGUUAAUGCCUACGGAAGUGAUUCUCAAACAUUGGAACUACGAAGGGAUGGGAAUUUGUAUUCAAAUUCGAUUAACAAGCACAAGAUGGAACUUGGAGGAGAAUCUCUCGGAUUUAUGCAAUCGAACAGCCUACCUCAUACAAUGGACAUGAAUUCAAAGGAAGACGGCUUUUACGUACAUAGCAAUUCUAGAUCACCUGGAGUCGACUCAUUUAAUAGAUAUCAGUUCCCAACCAUAACAACUCGAAGUUCGUCUGCACUCGGAAAUGCCCACGUUCGGACUCCACGAUCAUGCAAUUCCCCUGUCAGCACAGAUCAAUGCAUUUCAAUGCGUUCGUUUUCACCCAUUUGUAAAUACGCCUUGAUAGAUGGUACGGGCCAGCAUAUACCAGUCUGCACCAAUGUUAUGACCUUUGCAAAUGAUACAGGUGACUUUCAGCUGGCUGACGACAGUGGAACAGCCACUCUUUGCUUUUCAUCUGGGUACCAACCUAUCCCAAUUAACUAUGUUAAUGUACCAGUGACCGAUCAAUUGUCUUCGCAUGAACGACUAUGCACAAUGACACCUGCUGACAUUGCUCCGGAUAGUGACAUUAUUGCUAAUACACAAGUUACUCAUGUAUAA